AUGUCUCAUAGCGGGUGGUAUUUGGGCCAUUCCUUCCUCAAGUUUGCCGACGUCAACAGAUACGCCGACUUGUUCGCAGAGGUUGCAGCCGCGAUUAUCGAGCCUGCAGAUGUCGUCGAAGCACUUAGACGAGUCAAUGGCUGGCGCAUGUCAGUCGAGGAAGCGACUGAAGGACCUCCCACACAGGAUUGUGCAACACCAGUCUUCGAGACAAAUCUACCCAAAGACAGUCUUGUGAAGCUUCCCAAGGUGUGGGGCGAAUGCAAGGACGGUCUAUUCCCGGUGGAUCGGCUCGGCAUCAAUCAGAGGUGCAAGCAACGCAAGGCAAAGCAGAUCCCACGCAUGAGCGAGGUGUACCAGGAGGGAGCUUCCCAGACCACUUUCCUCACCAAUGGCCAUUCUACCAAGGCACAACUUUUUCAAAUUGGCCGGAGUCGUCAGGUCACAGAUGAAACUAUGCGCGUGGCGGACCAGGUGCCGCCUGCUCGCAUUGUCUCCGACUGCCUGGUUUCUGUUGAUGAAAGGGCAGGUGCGAGACAAAUUUGCAUCGCGAGCGGAAACAUGGAGAGUCUGGGCGUGUACUCAUUUCGAUGCAACAUCUCCACGUGGGACCAGAAGAUAUCAAUUGGUGAUCUGUUCGACACUGGAGACCGCGAACUCAGUAGAUACUGGCUUUUGCCAGAAGUGGAUACUCUAGCUUCGGCCCUCAGCCAAACGAGACGGAGAACAUCAUCACGUCCAGAAGACCAGGUCUACAAUGUUCUGGGUAUGCUCCCGAGGGGUAAAGAGCUAGAAGUGAUCUGCGAUCAGCCACGCAACAGCGUCCUUGCACGGGCCGCCAACGCGGGACUGGUGGGCGCUGAAAUACUCCACAGCAAAAGCGUCAGCGUCCGGGAUGGAGAGAGCUGGGUAGCGAACGACGACAGUUCGAAGCAUAUAGGGAGCAUCUAUGAUCUAGGAUACAAGCAACGCAAACCCGUGGAAAUACACGACACUGGGCUGAGAACCCAAUUCCACAGGCUUGAGGGCGUUGUUGGGCACUAUGUGGACGGUUUCAGCUGGAUGCUGAAGCUGGACGGCUGCGAGAAGGAGGAAAUCAGGUGCCAUUUAAAUCAGGAUGGCCUGGAGACUCUGGUCAAGUCCGUUGAUCAGAUCUUGCUACUGGAAGAAGAAACCAGACCAGGGUAG